GCGAUGAAAUUGCAGCUACACCCACCACAACAACAGCUUUUUGAUGUUGAAGCUGAACCCUUUCCACAAGCUGGUGGUGGAUCCGUCCUCGGUGCUGGUUUUUGUGUUGUUUUCUAUGAAAUUGAAUGUCAUGGGAUGGUCAUCGUCAGUGGGGUAAAUUUGCUCGAUUGUUUGGAUGCACUAAACCCACCACUGCUGCUGCUGCUGCCAGCAGUAUCAGUCAGUGCGCGCAAUCAUUUGCUCCUUGGUAGAAAUGAUUCCCAUCGGAUUAAUAACAUCCCGAGUGCCAUUUGCCAACAGAGUUCUAGCGAAGCUGCGUUUUGCGCGCCCUGUCUGUCCUGCUGCUUCCCUUCUGACCCAGAGGAAGAGGUUCGGGCAGAUUUCAGCUCACGUAGGUUCAAUGUCACGUCCAGAAGCUGCUGGCGUACAGUGAGAUAGGGUUGCACCGCUAGGACACUUACAAUCUCAGGAUUGUACCUGAGUGAAUCCGAUCAACAGGAUCAAAUCAGCUGUGUUAGUUGGUGUGGUUUGGAGUGUGUGUGUGUGCACGAACGGAAAGAAGAUUGCAGUUCGGUAAUCUCAGACUCGUUCUCAAACAGCAUCAUAUCGUAUUGUGCUAUUCAGUGGAGCUCGCGGCAUGAAUUUGGGUAGCUCCGGUGGAGGCGGUACCGGCACCUCAGCGAACACUUCUGGCGGAAGCAGCAGCGGAGGCGGAGGCGGUAGCGCAGGAUCAUCCAAUUCAGCUGCUAGUGGUGGUGUCGCCGGUGCUGGAAACGCAAACAGUGCGAACGUGAGUGGUAGUAGCACGGCGGCAGCACCAGGAAGCGGAGGAUACGGCAGUGGAAGCGGAGGAUCCGGCAGUGAAAUGCCUGCAGAAAUCAUUCGCCCCAAGGUUGUGACGGUGAAGCACCCGGAGUCGAACAAACCGAAACCGACCACCAAGAAGGGGAAAGCGAUACAGGCCGAUGUAGACGUGAUCAAGGAGUUUCAGCGAUGCAAGGAGGAAAAUAUUCAGCGGCUCGAUUUGAGCAAAUCCUCCAUCACCGUCAUACCUGCGUCGGUGAAAGAUUGCACGAGCUUGGUCGAGUUCUAUCUGUAUGGCAACAAGAUAUCGUCCCUGCCGCCGGAGAUCGGUUGCCUGGCGAACCUGAAAACGUUGGCACUGAACGAGAAUUCACUCACGUCGUUACCUGAUUCGUUGCAGAACCUGAAGCAGCUGAAAGUGCUUGAUCUGCGACAUAACAAGCUGUCCGACAUACCGGAUGUGAUUUACAAGCUGCACACGCUCACCACGCUUUAUCUGCGCUUCAACAGGAUCCGGGUGGUAGGUGACAAUCUGAAAAAUCUUAGCAACCUCACGAUGCUUAGCCUGCGGGAGAACAAAAUCCACGAGCUGCCCGCAGCCAUCGGCCAUCUGGUCAAUCUGACGACGCUCGACCUUUCGCACAAUCAUCUGAAACACCUGCCCGAGGAGAUCGGGAAUUGCGUUAACCUGACUGCGCUCGAUCUGCAGCACAACGAUCUCCUGGACAUUCCGGAGUCGAUAGGCAAUUUGUCGAACCUGAUGCGGCUCGGGCUGCGCUACAACCAGCUCUCGUCAAUUCCCGUCUCGCUGAAGAACUGCACGCACAUGGAUGAGUUUAACGUGGAGGGCAACGGGAUCAGCCAGCUGCCCGAUGGGCUGUUGGCCAGCCUGAGCAACCUUACCACGAUCACCCUUUCGCGGAACGCGUUCCACAGCUACCCGUCCGGUGGGCCGGCCCAGUUCACGAACGUGACCAGCAUCAAUCUGGAGCAUAAUCAAAUCGACAAGAUACAGUACGGCAUUUUCUCUCGUGCCCGCGGCUUGACCAAGCUGAACAUGAAGGAAAACGCGCUCACCUCGCUGCCGCUCGACAUCGGCACCUGGACCCAGAUGGUAGAGCUAAACUUUGGCACCAACUCGCUCACGAAGCUUCCGGACGAUAUACACUGCCUGCAGAAUCUGGAGAUACUGAUCCUGUCCAACAAUCUACUGAAACGAAUACCGAACACCAUCGGCAACCUGAAGAAGCUGCGCGUGCUCGAUCUGGAGGAGAAUCGGCUCGAGUCCCUACCAUCCGAAAUAGGGCUGUUGCACGACCUGCAGAAGCUGAUUUUGCAGUCAAACCAGCUCGGCGCGCUACCCCGCACGAUUGGCCAUCUAACGAACCUGACGUACCUGUCCGUGGGCGAAAACAAUCUGCAGUUCCUGCCGGAGGAGAUCGGUACGCUGGAAAAUCUCGAAUCGCUCUACAUCAACGAUAAUCCGGCACUGAUCAAGCUGCCGUACGAGCUGGCCCUGUGCCAGAAUCUGGCAAUUAUGAGCAUCGAAAACUGUCCCCUGUCGGCGCUUCCGCCGGAAGUCGUGAGCGGUGGUCCGAGCCUCGUAAUACAGUACCUAAAGCUUCAUUCGCCCUACCGACAGAUGUGAUUUGCUGGCUGAAGAAGAAGAAGAAGAAGGGCCUGCACCUGCCGGUCUGCCGCUUGCGUCACCUCGUCGUCCUUCUUCCUCACCCGUCUCUUUGUGCCGACUUCGGCCUAGCCGUUGAUACUUUGGGUUUGGGACACGCGUGUGUGUGUGUAUGUGUUACACUACUACUGCACUGCUUUAUGGUUUGUUGAUCAUAAAACAACCGGAAAACACUUCCGAGACAAAGUUUCCGAUUUUCUGAAAUUGAUUUGUCACGAAACGCCCUUCUGAAUGGAAAUCACAGAAAAAUUGUGCAAAAGUGUGUGUGUGUGUGCGUGUUCGUGUGAAAAAAAAACACACGACAAGAUACACACACGCACAAACAAACAAACUGAAUCAAUGUGAUUAAAAUAAAGCUUUAAUGUUAUUGCUUAUUAAAAGAAAAAAAAGAUAAAAACAACACACAACAACACACUACUACUAACUGCGCGCCAGUUAGAGUGGAAGAGCCAUUCACAGAAACUAUAUUACCAAAAGCAAAUGGAAAACGAAGCCAGAAACUGAACUAUUAAGAAACAAGCGAAAAACAUCGAUAUUUCGUAAGUGCGUGCGUUUAUUGAGGUGCGCCGCCGUACGCUCUCGAGUCCGAUCUCCUGUGUUCCUGUGUUGUGUUUUGCGGAAAGGACGAAAUAGAAAUGUGUGUGUUUAGUUUCGACGAAAUACGAAAACAAAUGUGACAAUAGUGAUAACCGCCGCCGCCGCCGCUGGCACGUAAAGUGUGAUUAGUAUUUAUUGGUUUUUGUAUGCUAAAGUGCUGAAUUGUUUGGUGAACAAUACUGUGAAGUGAUCGUUGUGGCAAGGAAAAACAGACAGACCUGUGUGUUUGUGCUAGUAAUUACCGUGUUUUGGCGAAGGAUAUGGAUCGUCACAAGUAGUUACAAAAUUGACUUCUUGGUUGCAGAGUCUCGGUUUGCUGGUGCUGGCACAAAUAUCGGCUCUGAAGCAAUACGAUACUCAACGGAUCGUGCACUGUUGUUGAGCUAAAUAAUUUCACACGCUAUUCAACGGUUGCAUGUCUCUUGGGGCGCACGUGUUACGCCGUGUACAGGGUCAGCGCAAAUUUUAAACGUUUCAUUUAGUGUUUUAUGAUCUCUGGCGGAAGUUUUUAACUCCUGUAGCUCACGUCAAACUGAGCCAUCGAUACCAUGCGAGAAAAUUGACGAUUUUAUUCGUUUUAAAGUAGUAGUUGUAAGUAAGAUUUUGUCGAAAGCGAUCUUAGGCGACCGAUUAAAUUCCAUUAGCGUUUGCAGGCGGUGCGUGAAUGCGAAAAUACGUAAAAAGUCCCAAUUAUAUUAUUAUUACAGCUGUAGUAAUAUUGCACAUUGACGACGGACGGUUCCGAUCCUCCCAUCGGAAGACAACCGGAACAUUUUGAGUGGAUUGAUAAUUUCUUCAUGGGUUGUUGUGGUGUAUUGAGGUAAAACUUUUUUCCAUUUUGUGAUCUGUGACUGCAGCACUUCCAAACACGUAAAUUGUAUGCGUGUGUGCAAAACAAUGAACAGUAAAAUUAUUUCUUUUGGAAGCUAAUAAAUGAGGCAAUGUAAGGAAUUCGAGUUUACAUCAUAGAACAAAAAAAAACGAACUGCAACGAAUUUAAAGCUUAUGUGGAACCGAGUAAACACAAUUGUGAGGCAAACGUAAGAAAUGUUGGAAUUCAACGCUACGCUAGAAAUUAAUGAUUAUAUAAAUUCAAAUAGUUAAUCGUAUGAGUGGCACUCACGAGAAGAUGCUUGUUGGUCGUAUGUGGUUUUGUUUUAAAAAAAUGUCGAUUUUUGAACACUUCAAACGUUGUGUUUGUGCAAGCAGGCGGAUCGAGGCGUCAUUUUAAUCUAGUCAUAUAUAAUUGAAUCGUUUCACUUUUGGUUAAUUCCGUUGCACCCCUGAGGCUAAAAUAAUAAUGAUAAAUGUAAAACACACAGGCAGAUAAACCAACCCACAAACAAGAAAACACAAUGAAAACACACAAGAAAAUCGGUUGGGUAAGAUGCUAGAACACACACACACUUUAACAGUUCAAUAAGUUUAACAAUCCUAUGUACACAGAGGGAGAAACAACAGAACGGAAUGCAUAAAUGGCCUAAAUAAUACAUGUAGCGAUGAGAGCGAUAAAUAAUACAUAAAUGUACACACCGCUGUGCAAAAGUAAGUCUAUGAACAGAAAGUGAACAAAAGAAGAAGAUGAAAAAAACAGCAGUAAAUUAGUGCGAAAACUAUUAAAAGUGUGUGCAACGUGUGUAAAUUCAGAACGGUGUAUCAGUUUAAAUGUUGUGAGCACAUCAUGCAAUCAAGCGAGACAUGUUCGUUGUGUCCACCACCAACAAACUCAUUGAAUCGACGCUUACACCAUCGGGAGCGUGUAACAUCGGGGAUGUAUUUGUCGACGAUCGAAUUUAACAGCAAAAAUGGAAUUGACAAUUUCUAGUAAGAUACCAUAAUUAAUAUGAAUGUCAUUCCGCUUGCAAAGCAAAACCAAAAACAAAACAAAAAAA